CGAUUUAUUUACCUGUGUCGUCUGCAUUAGGUGUAAGCUUUGUCAUUCAGACGUAAGUAGGCAGUUUUUAGACUGGUGCCAACAAACCAGUAAAUUGCGGGGAAAUGCGUUUGUUCAUCUUCCUUGUCUUAUUUGUGACAUGGAUAUAUUGUGACAAAUCAUUGGUGAAUGAUAGCAACACACAUUUGAUCGAGGAAAAUCGUGUUAAAAGAACCCUUGUCGGUUCACCAAUUGCAAACCCAUCUCGGCUGAGCGUGAUUCUACAGACGGCACAAACGAGAGUAACUUCAACUUUGAUUCGUUCGCUUGUUAGCUUAGAACGGAGAUGGUUGGAAGUCUCAUCGAAGAUAUCUGAUUCAGUCCCGUAUAUAAUUCGCAGCAUCAUCUCUACACUAUCCAUAAUCUUCGCUCCCUUAAUAUAUCUGGCGAAAGUAGCAGUUCAACCCCUGGCCAUUUUCAGAAAGAAACGUAACGCAGAUCUGGAUGUACCUCAUUUGGAAUUUUCUCUUCCAAAAUGGAUGGAUCAAAGGGAAUCGUGGGUGAAGAUGUACAAGCCAUCCGAUGAUGCUGUUUCUAUCAAACAGAAUCGCGACCAGGAGGGUUAGUCAGAUGUUUUCCUUUGUUAUCCAAGUACAUGUACCCAUGCAAUAAUCCCUGUUCAAAAGAAAAUGGUUUCCGCGAUGUCAUCGUUAGCAAAAAUUAUAAAUUGCUGUAGAAGAAAAGA